AUGGAAUCCGUAAAACAAAGGGUUUUGACCCCCGGAAAAGAGGGGCUAAAGAAUCUUGCUGGAAAAUCCCUCGGCCAGAUCUACAGGGUGCUGGAGAAGAAGCAGGAGACCUCCGGGGAGACCAUUGAGCUGACGGAGGAUGGGAAGCCCCUGGAGGUGCCCGAGAAGAAGGCGCCGCUGUGCGACUGCACGUGCUUCGGCCUGCCGCGUCGCUACAUCAUCGCCAUCAUGAGUGGCCUGGGCUUCUGCAUCUCCUUCGGCAUCCGCUGCAACCUGGGCGUGGCCAUCGUGGACAUGGUCAACAACAGCACCAUCCACCGAGGGGGCAAGGUCAUCAAGGAGAAAGCCAAAUUCAACUGGGACCCGGAAACCGUGGGGAUGAUCCACGGUUCCUUCUUUUGGGGCUACAUCAUCACCCAGAUUCCUGGCGGCUACAUCGCGUCUCGGCUGGCGGCCAACAGGGUUUUUGGAGCUGCCAUACUUCUCACCUCUACUCUGAAUAUGCUAAUCCCAUCAGCAGCCAGAGUGCAUUAUGGAUGUGUCAUCUUUGUUAGGAUAUUGCAGGGACUUGUUGAGGGUGUCACCUACCCAGCAUGUCAUGGAAUAUGGAGCAAAUGGGCCCCUCCUCUAGAGAGAAGUAGAUUGGCAACCACCUCCUUUUGUGGUUCCUAUGCUGGAGCUGUGAUUGCAAUGCCUUUAGCUGGCAUUCUUGUACAGUAUACUGGCUGGUCUUCAGUAUUCUACGUCUAUGGAAGUUUUGGGAUGGUCUGGUACAUGUUUUGGCUUUUGGUGUCUUAUGAGAGUCCUGCAAAGCAUCCUACUAUUACAGAUGAAGAACGUAGGUACAUAGAAGAAAGCAUUGGAGAGAGUGCAAAUCUUUUAGGUGCAAUGGAAAAAUUCAAGACUCCAUGGAGGAAAUUUUUUACAUCUAUGCCAGUCUAUGCAAUAAUUGUCGCAAAUUUCUGUCGAAGCUGGACUUUCUAUUUAUUGCUUAUUAGUCAGCCAGCAUAUUUUGAGGAAGUCUUUGGAUUUGAAAUCAGCAAGGUUGGCAUGCUGUCUGCUGUGCCACACUUAGUAAUGACAAUUAUUGUGCCUAUUGGAGGGCAGAUUGCAGACUUUCUAAGAAGCAGGCAAAUUCUUUCAACUACUACAGUAAGAAAGAUCAUGAAUUGCGGUGGUUUUGGCAUGGAAGCAACUCUGCUCCUGGUCGUUGGCUAUUCUCACACUAGAGGGGUAGCUAUCUCAUUCCUGGUACUUGCAGUGGGAUUCAGUGGAUUUGCUAUAUCUGGUUUCAAUGUUAACCACUUGGAUAUUGCUCCAAGAUAUGCCAGCAUCUUAAUGGGCAUUUCGAAUGGUGUUGGCACAUUGUCAGGAAUGGUUUGCCCUAUCAUUGUGGGUGCAAUGACAAAGAAUAAGUCACGUGAGGAGUGGCAAUAUGUCUUCCUGAUUGCUGCCCUCGUCCACUAUGGUGGAGUUAUAUUUUAUGGAAUAUUUGCCUCAGGAGAGAAGCAGCCCUGGGCAGACCCUGAGGAAACCAGUGAAGAAAAAUGUGGGUUUAUCCAUGAAGAUGAACUCGAUGAAGAAACAGGGGACAUUACUCAAAAUUAUAUCAAUUAUGGUACCACCAAGUCUUAUGGUGCCACAACACAGGCCAAUGGAGGUUGGCCCAAUGGCUGGGAAAAGAAAGAGGAAUUUGUACAAGACGAAGGACAAGACACUUACACCUAUAAGGACCGAGAUGAGUAUUCAUAA